GUUGCGGUCGGGCCGCGGCGCCGCGGCGCUUUGUGCGAGGACGGUGGACGCGGGCGGCCGGCCCGCCGCGGACGGCCGGAGGAAGAUGGAGGCUCCGCCGGACGGCGCCGCCGACCUCGUGCCGCUGGACCGCUACGACUCGGCGCGGGCCAAGAUCGCCGCCAACCUGCAGUGGAUCUGCGCCAAGGCCUACGGCCGAGAUAACAUCCCUGAGGAUCUCAGAGACCCUUUCUACAUUGACCAGUAUGAGCAGGAGCACAUUAAACCACCCGUCAUCAGGCUUCUCCUGUCCAGUGAGCUGUACUGCCGUGUCUGCAGCCUCAUCCUGAAAGGGGACCAGGUGGCCACCUUACAGGGACAUCAGUCAGUCAUCCAGACCCUGUCCCGGAAAGGGAUCUACGUGAUGGAGGGUGAUGACACCCCUGUGACAGACUCUGACCUUGGCCGUGCACCCAUCAAGAUGAGUGCCCACAUGGCGAUGGUAGACGCCCUGAUGAUGGCCUACACUGUGGAGAUGAUCAGCAUUGAGAAGGUGGUGGCCAGUGUCAAGCGCUUCUCUACGUUCAGUGCCUCGAAAGAGCUUCCCUACGACCUCGAGGAUGCCAUGGUGUUCUGGAUCAACAAGGUGAAUCUUAAAAUGAGAGAGAUAACAGAGAAAGAAGUUAAAUUAAAGCAGCAGUUACUGGAAAGUCCAGCUCAUCAAAAGUCUCCUUCCAAGUGGUAUUGGAAGUUAGUGCCUGUCCGCUACCGACGAGAGCACCUUUCUGCUAGGCAGUCACCAUACUUCCCGCUGUUGGAGGAUUUGAUGAGAGACGGCAGUGACGGCGCUGCUCUCUUAGCUGUGAUCCACUAUUACUGCCCCGAGCAGAUGAAGCUGGAUGAUAUAUGCUUGAAGGAGGUAACAUCAAUGGCCGACAGUCUGUAUAAUAUUCGGCUUCUGAGAGAAUUCUCCAACGAAUAUCUUAAUAAGUGUUUUUAUCUCACCUUGGAAGAUAUGCUGUAUGCUCCCUUAGUGUUAAAGCCGAAUGUUAUGGUUUUUAUUGCUGAGCUCUUUUGGUGGUUUGAAAAUGUCAAACCAGAUUUUGUUCAGCCAAGGGAUGUUCAGGAGCUGAAAGAUGCUAAAACAGUGUUACACCAAAAAAGCAGUCGGCCUCCUGUACCUAUCUCCAAUGCAACCAAACGCAGUUUCAUGGGCAGCCCUGCUGUAGUGAGCCCAGCCGACCUGCAGCCCCCCGCCCAGCUGCCGGCUGAAGGCUGUCACAGGUACUACCUACACCCCGAAGAAUCUGAAUAUCUUGGGAAAGGAACUUCUGCUUUUAGCCCGUCCCAUCCUCUGUUACCCCUGAGACAGAAACAGCAAAAAAUGGCACCGGGAGAGGACACGCCUGAUCAGCGACAUCGAUCUCAUUCUUUAACCCGUGUCGAUGGUCAGCCACGAGGUGCAGCCGUAGCGUGGCCAGAAAAGAAAACCAGGCCUGUGUCCCAGCCAACGCCCUUUGUGCUCCAUCAUGCUGUGAGUUGCGACAUGGAUCCCAGCUCCGGUGACACUGUCAGCUUGGCCCGCUCCAUCAGCAAGGACAGCUUGGCAUCCAACAUCGUGAACCUAACCCCACAGAACCAGCCACACCCUGCAGUCAUAAAGACCAAUGGGAAGAGCCUUCUGAACAAUGUCAGUAUUGAGGACGAGGAGGAAGAACUUGUGGCCAUAAUUAGAACAGAGAUGGCUCCCCACCGUGGGGACCCGGACGUCCCAAGGGCCUCGCCUCGGGCCUUAUGCCUGAUGGCAGGUGCCAGGUCUCCACAGAGGCAGGUGGACAUCUUAGAAAGCAAGCCUGACAGUUUUUUCUUGGAGCCCUUGAUGCCGGCAGUGCUUAAGCCAGCAAAAGAGAAGCAGAUUAUUACUAAGGAAGAUGAACUCGGAGAAGGGAGACCUAAGAGCAUCACAUCCAAGAGGUCCAGCGAGGGCCACCCACCCUUGGUACGAAAGAAAGUGACCAGCAGUCACAGUGGUCGCGACUUGAAUAGGACUUUCACCCCAAUUCCUUGCUCAGAAUUUCCUACAGGCGUCGACCCCUUGCAGGCAGGGCUGCAGGCAGCAGAAGCUGUAGGAGAAGCUCAUGGUGGGCCUCUGGCCAUUGGUGGAUUAGAUCCCCUAUCUCAGGGGCAGUCUGCUGAUGGCUUCUUCCUUCAUGUGGGCAGGGCCGACGAAGACUCAGAGGGAGGGUUAUAUGUUAGUUGCUCAAAAAGCCCCAACUGCCACGAUUCAGAGCCAUGGACUGUCUUGAGGCAGGAUUCUGACUCUGACAUUGUGGACGUAGAGGAGGCUGGGCAUGACUUUCUUGGCGAGGACCGUCCAGUGGUCAUCACUGCAUGCAUUGGUGAGGAAGAAUCAGCCAAACUGCAGGAGGACAUGAAGGUGAAGGAGCACGAGGACAAGGAUGAUGCCAGUGGCCGCUCCAGCCCGUGUCUGAGCACAGCCUCUCAGAUCAGCAGCGUCUCCAUGGCGAGCGGAAGUGUGAAGAUGACCAGCUUCGCGGAAAGGAAGCUCCAGAGACUCAACAGCUGCGAGACCAAGUCCAGCACCAGCAGCUCCCAGAAGACCACGCCAGAUGCGUCAGAGAGCGGCCCAGCGCCUCUGACGACAUGGAGACAAAAGAGAGAGCAGAGCCCGGGCAGGCCCGGCAGAGACCCCGCCAGCCUGCUGGCAUCUGAGCUGGUGCAGCUGCACAUGCAGCUGGAGGAGAAGCGCAGGGCCAUCGAGGCCCAGAAAAAGAAGAUGGAGGCACUGUCGGCACGGCAGCGCCUGACGCUGGGCAAGGCUGCGUUUCUGCAUGUGGUGAAGAAGGGCAAGGCUGGCACUGUCGCUCAGCCACUUAAACCAGAGCACUUCGCACGGGGGUGUUCUCAACACGACGGAGAGGGCUUUGAGGAUGGGGCUUCUAAAGCUGAGGAGCUGCUCAUGAGGGGAGAGCAGGAAGGUCUACUCAGUGAAUCUCAAGGUGUGGACAGAGAAGGCCUGGCUUUUGUUCAGCAGCAUAAACCAAAAGACCCUGCUGCUGUACAUGAUAUGGAGAAAAAUAAGGUGAUUUCUGCUGUUCUCCUGGAAGAUAACAUUGGUGAGGUUGUAGAUAUGAAUGAAUGUGACCUUUCCAUUGAGAAACUUAAUGAAACCAUUAGCACACUGCAGCAGGCUAUCUUAAAGAUCUCUCAGCAGCAAGAACAACUUCUUAUGAAAUCUCCUACAGUACCAACUCCAUGUUCUAAAAAUAGCUCACAGGACCAAAAAGUGAAGGCAUCAAUCCACUUUGUCGAGCCGCUCUCUCCAACUGGAGUGUCUGGUCACCGCAAACCCCCUCGUCUUGGUCAGGGUCGGAAUUCUCGCUCGGGAAGACCAGCUGAGCUGAAGGUCCCAAAAGACAGGCAGCAGGGCUCUUCUCGAAGUAAAACCCCAACACCCAGUAUAGAGACUCUCCCGCAUUUGAGGUCCUUCCCCCCGAGUAACCACGCUCGGACGCCCUCCAGCCCAGGCGUGGAGAAUGCUGCAGACCCUGGCAGUGACCCUCAUGAAAGGUGUCUCUUCGACAGUUACAGGCUCCAUGAUGAAAGCAACCAGCGGACGUUCGUUCUGUCUUCUUCCAAAGAUGCAAACAUCAUAUCAGAACAAAUGAGCUUCCAAGAAGCUCUGGAUACCAGUGGGAGAGAGGCAGGGCUGAGCUCCGCGGAUACCCCAGGAAAAGAGAAUGUCCAUGUGGAAGAACCACUCCGGAGCAAGGCCAGCCUCAUUGAAGUGGACCUUGCAGACCUGAAGGCCUCCGAAGAGGAUGGAGAGAUGGCGAGCCUCGAUGGCUCGACGGAUCUUACCAGUGAAGGGGACCAGAAGCCUGGGGUUGGCUUCUUCUUCAAGGAUGAACAGAAAGCAGAAGAUGAACUCGCCAAGAAGCGGGCGGCCUUCCUCCUGAAGCAGCAGCGCAAGGCUGAGGAGGCGCGCAUGCGGAAGCAGCAGCUGGAAGCCGAAGUUGAGCUCAAGCGGGACGAAACCCGGCGCAAAGCUGAAGAAGAUCGGGUACGGAAAGAGGAGGAGAAGGCGCGGCGAGAGCUCAUCAAGCAGGAGUACUUGAGAAGGAAGCAGCAGCAGAUGUUAGAAGAGCAAGGCCUCGGCAAGCCCAAAUCCAAGCCCAAGAAGCCACGGCCAAAGUCAGUCCACCGAGAAGAGUCGUGUGGCGACUCAGCAACCAAGUGCUCCUCCACCCCUGAUAACUUGAGCCAGACUCAGUCUGGCUCCAGCCUGUCCUUGGCCUCGGCAGCAACGACAGAGCCCGAGAGCGUUCACUCGGGAGGCACACCUUCUCAGCGAGUUGAAUCGAUGGAAGCCUUGCCCAUACUGAGCCGCAACCCAAGCAGGAGCACAGACCGGGACUGGGAAACUGCAUCGGCAGCUUCUUCCCUGGCCUCGGUGGCCGAGUACACAGGUCCCAAACUCUUCAAGGAGCCAAGCAGCAAGUCGAACAAACCAAUUAUUCAUAAUGCUAUCUCCCAUUGCUGCCUGGCUGGGAAAGUGAAUGAACCUCACAAGAAUUCAAUAUUGGAGGAGCUGGAGAAGUGUGACGCCAAUCACUACAUCAUACUGUUUCGUGACGCUGGCUGCCAGUUCAGGGCGCUUUACUGCUACUAUCCUGACACCGAAGAAAUCUACAAACUCACUGGCACGGGGCCAAAGAGCAUCACCAAGAAAAUGAUUGAUAAACUGUACAAAUAUAGCUCAGACCGAAAACAGUUUAACUUGAUCCCAGCCAAAACCAUGUCUGUCAGUGUGGAUGCACUCACGAUUCACAACCACCUGUGGCAGCCCAAGCGGCCCUCAGUGCCAAAGAAGACCCAGACUCGUAAAUGAUGCCUCCGCGGCCGAGUCUGAAAGGUGUGCCACAGGAUCCUUAUUUAUUACUUCCAUCCAUUUGGGUACGAAGUGUGUAAAUCACAGACCUUUUUCAAAGAGACUUCUAGACAACAAAAGGAAACCCCUCCCUUAUCUCCCAAUACACACAGGAUGCCAGGCGGAGCGAGAGCGGAAGAUGUGUUUUCAGAGGCUCGAGGCUGCUGUGGUCACUGCUUGCCACCGAGGCUCUUGGACGAGGGAUGUCGUGGAGCGAGAUCCCUGGGCUGCAGAUCUCCUUGCUCGAAGGUCUCCUUCAGCAUAAAUCCAGCGCCAUCGAUUUGGCCCUUUUGCCUCUCACUUGCCCCCUUUGCACGUUACCUGGCACCUGUGUGCUGGCCACUAUAAGUUCCUGUGAUUACAGGCUGAGACGCGAUCUCAGUCGGGACACUCGAAUGUCUUGAGUAAAGGGACUUAUAAUGGGAAAUCUUUUUCAUUUGAGAAAUUGUAUGAUAUUUAUUGAUUGUGUCUACUGCCAACAUUUAUAUCCAAUUCUAAGGUUUUUGAAAAAAAUUCUUGUUCCUUGCUGCUCAGAAAAAGUUUACUGAAAAUAUCAGUUCACUAAAAGCACUGAAAUCUGCAAAGUCUGUCUUCUGCUAAAAUAACGUUUACACAUAUGGGGAUUACUUCUGACACGCAAUCAUGCGGAUGGCGAAUGGUUCUGUCAGCUGGCAUUGCCUCAUUUAAAGUAGGCAAGCUGAGCCACUACAGCCAUCGUUAAUCAAGGUUUGGAUAGUGCUUUAAUGAUUUGUUCACUUUAAUAAAGACAGAUUUUGGUAAAGUAGAAUAUUUUUCACUCUGAGCAUGUUUCUCCUAAAGAUGAUGCACUUAAGCUGACAGUUCCUUUAGUGGUUUUAUUAUAUCAUGACUUGUCCUGUCUUGAUCCUUGCUUCUGGAAGAGCAGCAUGCUCUAAGAGGAGAGUGGUUCUCAAUUUGGAUUGAUAAUUUUGUUUUGUUGCCUAUUUAAAAACAAUUAAGUGGUUAUUUACAAUUAUCUAGAAUUCCAAGUGGAAUGGCUUUGGUUUUUUCCUUGUCGGUCCCAAUGGUGGUUGACCUUCUACAGAGCAGACAUUCCCGGGGAGCAGGUGUGUUCUGGCCCAGUUGUAGCACAGGACACGGCUGCUGAGACCCCUGUGGGGCUGGCCAGCUGCUGGAAGAUCCUCACGCCACUUAUGUUAGUUUUGCACAUGUUUUCUUGGGAGUGUUACUUGAAUCUAUCUUGAACUGCAGAGAAAGUCAAGAUCAAUAGAGAGAAAAAGUUAGACGAGUGUAACUGUUACAUAGUUUUAGAUAGAAAGGGUCAACGUGUGUACGGGCAGAAGGAGGGGACAGUACAGAAGCACUAGAAGAGUUGUAGGUCUGAUCUCGGUUUCCUCAGUCCUUUGAAGACAGGUGUAGUCUGUUGGGAUUUUGUAUAUAUUGUGCUAGAGGCAGCUGCUCUGUACUGUGAGUAAGUGAUCCAGGCCGUGGGGCUUCUCAAGUGCUGAGUGUAGCCGUCCCAAGUGAACGUGGUUUCCACGCUUGCACACGUGUGCUUUCCUUCUGUGUGUUAGAUACUAUGUUACCAUAUUCAUUUUAAGAAAGCACUAAAAUGUAAUAAAGUAACAAACUGCUUUAUAUUAAUCACGUGUGUGAGGUUGUCAUGGCUUAUCUUACUCAUUGUCACUUGACCGCUUGCUUUGAAGGAGUUAGAUUCAUGUUUUUAUUUAACAUAGUCCUAUGGAAGUAAGUGGAAUUUAAUUAUUUUUAAUGGUUAGAGGUAUUUUUGGCACAGAGCUGGAAAAUUGCAUUUCUGCUGAACUUCUGAGUAAAUUCUGGAUUUUCUGGAUGUAUUUAGUCAAUAUUUGGAACAUCCUGAAAAUUGUUUUUUCAUGUGCAAGAUUUUUCAUGUCUGGUCUGUGGUUAGCACUGACGUACAGCUGACGUUGCUGGUGUCCUGCAUCCCUAGGCCACGUUUGCUUGCUGACGGACAGAAGCACUCCCUGCUGCUUGACAUUGGCCUAGCAACCUCUUAUUUAUUAUGAAAAGUUGCAGACACAGAAUUUGUUUCUGUGUCGGCGACUUUAGUCCUUUCUGGCUUGGACAGUGGUAGAAUCAUUAUUACUUUUUAGUUUGUAAUGUUCAGUUGUUGCUCUGCUAUAAAUGGUGUGUAUUUUCCACAGCAGCUGCAAUAGGAUGUGUUGUGUUGCAGGUUUCUUGUGGAGGAGAGGCUGUACAUCUUUCAUGGUCUCUCAGGCUGACAGUGUUAUUUAAGACAAGCUGCCCGUUUGGGAUAUAACUUUGUAAAGCAAAUGUCAACCAAAUGAUUCAAUAUAUGACGCAAUUAUGUGUAAAUCCUUGGUGAUGGCAGAAUUCUGAGAGCCCAGAAGAGCGGAUAUUUAAGAUAAGUGAAACUCAAGUGAGUCCCAUUAUUCUACAAAUAUACAUGCAGAUAUCCCCACACAUGUGUGUGCAGUCUCUUAUCCCCACACGAGUGUGCAGGCGUGUGUGUGCGUGCACGUCGAAGGUGGACUGUUGUCAAUGUGUCCUUUUGACUUGACUUUCUAAGCAUGCUACUGCAGCACAGUCUCUAAUCAGAUUUUUCAGCCCCAAACUAUAUUCUUCACUCAGGCAAAACUGAAAAGUGGAAUAAUUCUAAAGAUUCUUCUAGAUUGUACAUUUAUUCCCUGAAACUGUAGUUGUUAUUUGGAGGAAACAGUAUUUAUUGAAAUAAAAUUUUGUUAAGAAUUAAUCAA